ACCAUUCCCCUCGCCUCAUGUCGGUGACGUCAUCAGAGGGCGCCGGAUGAGCCUACCCUAGCCCCACGUGUAGUGGAGAAGAGCGAGUCGCGAUACAGGAUGUCCUUUGGAGGAAGAGGAGGCUUUAAUCGGGGAGGAGGUGGCAGAGGUGGUGGUGGUGGGUGGGGAGGAAGAGGAGGAGGAGGUGGAGGAGGAGGACGUGGUUUUGGCGGAAGAGGUGGUUUUGGCGGAAGAGGUGGUUUUGGCGGAAGAGGAGGCUAUGACCAGGGACCACCAGAGUAUGUUGUUGAGGUGGGCGAGUUCAUGCAUCCUUGUGAAGACGACGUGGUGUGUAAAUGUAUCACUGAAGAAAAGAAAGUGCCUUACUUCAACGCUCCCAUUUAUCUGCAAAACAAAGAGCAGAUUGGAAAAGUGGAUGAAAUAUUUGGGCAGUUGAGAGACUUUUAUUUUUCUGUAAAGCUCUCUGAUAAUAUGAAAGCUUCAUCUUUUAAGAAGUUACAGAAGUUUUAUAUUGACCCGGCAAAGCUGUUGCCAUUGCAAAGGUUCCUUCCGCGGCCGCCUGGUGAAAAAGGCCCUCCUAGAGGAGGAAGAGGUGGAAGAGGCGGUGGUAGAGGAGGUGGUCGAGGUGGAUUUGGCAGAGGUGGAUUUGGCAGAGGAGGUGGAGGAGGAUUCAGAGGAGGACGUGGAGGAUUUGGUGGUGGUGGUGGUGGUGGUUUCAGGGGAGGCAGAGGAGGAGGUGGAGGCCGUGGUUUCAGAGGAGGCCGGUGAUGAGCCAUGUGAAACCAGCGGUGGUUGAUCUCUUAUGGUUAGAGAAGAGACCUUCACUUUCUUUUUGAUAUGGGACUAAUUCAACGAGACCACGUGAGAGAGAAGAGCGACUCCAAGCAAUACUUACUGCUGCAGAACAUGUAGUCAAUAAGAGACACUCUGAGCAUCAGUCAUGUUUAUAACUAAAGCCGCCUUAGUUGGCAUAUUGUCAUUUUACAUUUUAGAAGAAUUGUGGUAAGAAAUGUUUUCAGUAAUUAAAAGCGUGUACACUUUUUAAUGUUGUACUGUUGUAAAUAGGAAUCUGUAUUACUUCAACAUGCUAGGACAAUAAAUUUUCUA